AUGGUUACACUUACGGCAACAAAAAAAAUGCCACAAUCUAUAGAACAAGCGACACAGUCUGCUAAUGAUGAACAACUUCAAACUCCUGCUGUUACUCAUCAUCAUCAACCUAUUGAUGAUUCAAAACAACCUGCACUUAAUGAGGAUGAAGAUUUAAAUAACAGCAAUAGUGAUGAAGACUAUAAUCAUAAUAAUCAUCGACAUCAACAUAAUCAAGCAAUAUGGCCUCAAAUAGAUAACGAACAUUAUGCAAAGAUAAAUGCUCGUGCUAGUAGUCCGACUUUAAAUAUUGGUGACAGUCGUCUUUGGGCUAUACCUUAUCGAUUUGGAAAACGAGUUGCUAUGCCUUAUCGAUUUGGUAAACGAGCUGCUAUGCCUUAUCGGUUUGGUAAACGUGCUGCAGCCAUGCAUUUCCGACUUGGAAAGAAAAACACUUCUUUGUAA